CCACCUCCUUCCUCCUUGCGAGCGUCCUUGCUCAUGUCGUUCUUCGCCGCUCCUCGCGCCUCUCUGCGCCUCGGCACCGCUCUCGCACCGCACGUGCGGCACUCGCACAUCGGCAGUGCGCUCCUUUCGGUGCCGGCGGGCAUCUCCAUCUCCGAGCUGCCCUUCCCGCCCCUCUCCAACCCGCUGCGCGCGCCGCCCGCGGCGCUGCGGCAUGCGCGCUCGCUCUUGGUGGCGGGCCCAAAGGGAAAAGUCGUCGUGCCGCUGCAGGCAUACGUGCAGAUGCGCUGGCUCGCCGCAGAGGGAGCAGAGGCCACCAAGGAGACCGCCGCCGCCGCCGCCGCCGCCGCCGCCGAUGCCGGCCAGACGCUGCAGCUGAGCGUCGUCGACUCGCGCGUCAAGACGCAGCGCGCCACGUGGGGCCUGACGCGGGCCUUGCUCGCCAAUGCCCUCACGGGCGUCUCUGCGGGGCAUGCCGUGCAGCUCAAGCUCGUGGGCGUCGGCUAUCGCGCCACGCUCGAGGAGGAUCCGUUCCCACGUGCUUCUGCCCUCUCUCUCGCCCUCGCCUCCUCGCGCGCCUCCUUCGCCUCGCCGCAGCAGCGACUGACAUACCAGGCCUUUGCUGCUGAAGAAGAGGCAGCACGCACCACGCACAAGCCCAUGCGCCUCAACAUCAAGCUCGGAUACAGCCACCCCGUCAUCAUGCCCGUGCCGCACGGCAUCGACGUCAACGUGCCGCAGCCGACGGUGAUUGAGCUGCGCGGCGUCGACCGGGAAAACCUGGGCCUCUUCGCCAGUCAGAUUCGAGCGUGGAGGAGACCGGAGCCUUACAAGGGAAAGGGAAUCUUUGUCAACGGCGAGACGAUCAAGUUGCGCACUGCCAAGAAGAAGUAA